CAAAUAAACAUUUUCGAUGCCCUCGUCCUGUCAAAAGUACGCAAAAGUAAUCAAUUUUUGUAGAAAAUAAGCGUCCACCUUAAAAUGGACCCAAAAUCGAGUGUUUCCGCGCUGUGUCGUGUCUGUAUGAAGACCACCAAGGAGAGCAAAUCGGACAACAUCUACCGGUCGUCGUCCGAUCCGGACCAGCCGAAUCUAUACGAGAUGCUUGGUGCGAUCUGCCCUCCGGCAUUCCCCGGAGCAAACGAGAGGCACGAAACGAAGGUUUCCUCCGGAUUGCCCAGCGUCGUCUGUUUGAUCUGCAAGUCGGGCGUCGUGGCCGCCUACGAGAUUCACCGGAAGUGUAUCGAAACCGAUCGGAAGCUACGGGAGAUGGUAGUGGUUAAGCAGGAAGUGCUGGACGAGGAUGAGGAGGGCGAUGAAGUGGAACAGGAGACGGUGGUGGUUCACGCGGACCCGCUGGUUCAUAUGGAGGAGGACCAUGACGACAAGGACGGGAUACUGUCCGACGUGGAUUUUCAAGGGGCAGAUUCGGACGAAAGUUAUCACGAGAAACCACGAAGAGGGCGGAGGAAAAAGACGGUGACGGUGCCGGCAAAGCCUUCCUCGGGUAAGAUCAAGAACAAGCGAACUUGCGAGCUGUGCUCGGUCGUGUUCAAGACGAUCAAAGAAAUGAAGGGCCACAUGAGAACGGAUCAUCCUGGCGAUGUUUUUGGCUGCGAGGUUUGUGACGACGUUUUUGUGGACGAAACUAAGUUCGAGGAGCACAAAAUCAGUCACACGUCGGAGCGACCACAUGAGUGUAGCUAUUGCAAGGAAAAGUUCCGGUCUCUUACGGAUCUCAAGUACCAUACGAUGAAUCACACCAAUGAUCAUCCGUUCCGAUGCUCUGUGUGCGGAAAAGGGUUCCCUAAGAAACACGCACUGCAGUAUCACAUGCUUCGGCAUACCGGAGAGAAGCCCUUCGUCUGUCAGCAGUGUCCUUCGAAGUUCUACUCCAAAGGAGAGCUCAAAAUGCACAUGGUCACUCACACGCUGGAAAAGAAUCACGUUUGCGACGUCUGCGGAAACCGAUUUACCAAGAAUACCUCACUGAUGAAGCAUGUCAGACGAGUUCACGCUGGAUUACGGCCGUUCCCCUGCAGUCUGUGUACCUUGAAAUUCGACAACGCUCACCACCUGAAGCGGCACAUGAGAACCCACACCGGAGAAAAGCCGUACAAAUGUGCAUACUGUGACCGGGCGUACGCCCAGAGUAACGAUCUGGUCAAGCACAGCAAGAUCCACGUCGGACAGAAUCCGUACGCGUGCGAUCGGUGCGACGCGGCCUUCCGGCUGAUGACCGAGCUGCGCAACCACUAUAAGGUUCACUUCCAGCCGGGCGAUCAGAGCGAAGCCAACGCAACCAGCGCGCUGGUCAAGAAGCACGAAAGCAAAGCCGGCAAGGAGCAGGUCGAGUUCACCAGUAUGGCCACGCUGAAUCGGCGGUUUGAGCAGGAAAUGCAACGGAAGGAGAGUGAACAACAGCAACAGCUACAGCAACUUCAGCAGCAGCAGCAGCUACAACCUGCGGAUGCUCCGGUGAACUUUGGACUGAACUUCUCGUCGCGGUUUUACGUAUGCGUCACCAUGUGCUUCUUCAGUUCGCCCUUGGUGUGGAAUCUGGACGGACACAGGCCGCAAACGAACGCCUUGUCCGAAGUGUGCCGAAGAUUCUCGACAACAAUGCAGAACAAUAUGGGACAACUUUGUCGCGUGUGCAUGAAGUCCGCACCACCGGACACCUCCCAAAACAUCUACGCACCGCUGGCCGAUCCGAGCCAGCCGAACCUUCAUCGAAUGCUUGCCAGUGUUUGCGCUCCAGUUUUCUCGUGUUCCGAGGAUUCGAACAAUCAGGACAGCAAGGAAUCGCUCGGAUUACCGAAGAUCGUGUGUGCCCCUUGCAAGCAAAGCGUUCUGGACGCUUACAAACUGCACAUGAAAUGUAUUGAAACCGAUCGACGCCUGUGGGAAAUGAUUCGGGUUAAGCAGGAGCUACACAUCGAUGAUGAUGAAGAUCGAGUGCUACCGGAAAGCUCGGAUGAUCCGCUGUUGGAGGAGCAGGAGGAAUGCUCUCUGAAAGAGGAAGUUGAGGAUGACGACAGCGAUGAGGUUUGGAUGGAACCAGCUGAGGAUUCCAACGACGAUGAAGGAAAUAGCCGGAAGAAAGCUGGGAAGAAGCCAAGACCGUACUGCCCUAGGAAGCACAGAUGCGAGAGUUGCACGGAUGUCUUUACCUCGAUUCGGGUACUCAAGCAGCACAUCAUAGAGCAACAUCCAGAAAAGGCAUACAAAUGUUGUAUGUGCGAUAAGGCCUUCUUCAACGAGGCGCUGCUCAGCAGUCACAUGCUUGGGCACACAACCGGAAAGGGUCGGGAGUGCCACGUUUGCCAAGCCCGAUUCAAGUCGUAUUCCGGACUGAAGGCCCACCUCAACACACACUCCGGAUCGCUGUUUAUGUGUUCGGUUUGCGACAAAAAAUUUACCAGCAAACACACCUUGGAAGUGCACAUUCAGCGACAUGCCGGCAAGAAACCAUUCAGCUGCAGUCAAUGUCCGAUGCGAUUCGUGACCAGAGCGGAAGUUAGGGUCCACGGCGCUACGCACAACAAGGUGCAGAAUCACGUUUGCGACGUCUGCGGUUCAAGAUUCACGCGGAAGGUGUCACUCGUCAACCACGUCAAGGUUGUCCACGCUGGUGUACGACCCCAUCCUUGUAUGUUAUGCCCUCUGAAAUUUUCCACCUCAGAUCACCUGAAACGGCACAUGCGAACCCACACCGGGGAAAAACCGUUCAAAUGUGCCUACUGCGACCGGGCGUACGCCCAAAGCGGCGAUCUGGUCAAGCACAGCAAGAUCCACGUCGGGGAAAAUCCGUACGCGUGCGAUCGGUGCGACGCGGCCUUCCGGCUGAUAACCGAGCUGAGGAACCACUACACCGUGCACUACCAGUCGGAUGAGCGCCAGAGUGACAAGGACAAACCUUUGGUGUUUACCAGCCAGGCGACGCUGGAAAGACGCUUCGAGCAGGAAAAGUUACUCGGUGGACAGUCCGGAAAGGGGGAGAGUAACCGUUGUGAUUAGCGUUUUUAGUAAUUAAAACUUGUGUGGCUAUGUAAA